AUGUAUUCCGAUCAUCAAGCAUCCAAUAACAACAACCUUGUUGGACACUACAAAGGUGGUGUUCAUCCAAACAAAAAACCCGAGUUAUACAAGACCGAAAUGUGUCGCAACUGGAAUGAAAUAGGUCAUUGCAGAUAUGGUAGAAAGUGUCGAUUUGCACAUGGCGAGCACGAAUUACGAAUGAUACAAAGGCAUGCUCGAUACAAGACGGAAAUCUGCCGAACUUAUCACAGGACAGGUACCUGUUUGUAUGGUGUACGAUGCACGUUUAUCCAUGAUGAGCAACGGCCUUCCCCGACACUGCCGGUUGGUGUAGAUCGAGGCUCAAUGCAGCCAACUAGCAGCAGCAGCAGCAGCAGCAACAGCAGCAAUGCGAGUGAUAUCGAAUCUUCAUCAUCCUAUACAUCCUCCAGCAAUGCAAGCCAUAUGACAUCCUCCGUUGAACGUCUUGAAUCCAUAUUUGAUCAGGAUGCUGCUUUUUACUAUGAUACGAUGGGUACUUUUCCUUUGCCAAAAAAAGAACGUCGUUUGGCCGCAUUCUCCUCUAUUUGUUCAUCUACAGCACCAUCAUCAUCCAACAUUGCAAACAAUCCAAUGGCAUCGUCGACAUCAUCCCUAGGUGAUGGUAACACCGAUUUGUGGUCAUUGUCGCCUUCGGUAACACAACCCCGACAGCAGCAACAACAACAAUCAUAUACCUCUUCAUUGUCUUCAUCACCAGCAUUCCGCCCAAUCCAUGGUUUCUACAGUGCUCCCAAUUUGGCAUGGUAA